GUGGAUUACUUUUUAAAUAAGGUUAACUUAACCUAGAAUUGGUCAAUUAGUUCUGUCAAUUGAAGAUUGAAAUUCAGUUCAUUUCAGAAGUUUAUUGCUUGGAAGAGUAUAUAUUGUAUUGUGGUUUUAAAUAUACAAAAUCUGAUAUGAAUUUUUUAAAACGUAUUUCUAUUCGAGAGUUAACAAGACCGUUUUUCAUAAACAAAUUACACACCACUCCAACCACAUACCUGAAAGAAAUAAAGGAGACCAAGUCUGACAAAGAAUUAGUUAUUGAAGGUGUCAUAUUACCAUCACCACGUGAGCCUUUGCUUUACCAGCCCUCACAAAUUCCAAAGGAUAAGCAUGUUUGCCCUUUAUGUGCUACUGGUUUAGAUGUAAAACAUACUGAUGUUCUAAUAUUGAGUCAAUUUCUUCGAAGUGAUGGAUGUAUGUUGCCAAGAAGAAUUACAGGUUUAUGUAAAAGACAACAAAGACGAGUUACAACAAUGGUUGCCAUGGCUCAAAAAGCAGGUCUAAUGUUAAAUAUUGGACCAUCUAAUAGCAAGAAAGAUCCAAAGCGUCGUUAUAAAUGGAAGAAGUUUAACACAUAUUUUGAUGAAAACACUAUGCCAUGGUAAUAUAUUUAAAUUAUAAA